CGGGGCCUGUUCUUUCCUUUUUCAGUCCCCUCUUCGGAAGUAUAGACGCGUUAGUCUAUAUUCCGUUUCUUUUGAAUUUAUAACUUGUAUAUAUGCAUUAACCCGCCUUAAAUUUACACAAAAUGGAGGUGAAGACGGAAUUGUAAAGAUGCCUCGAUUCGACCUGCUCUUUGAUUUAAUAUCAGUUUAAUGGACCGGAUGAUCUCCAAGUCGGACUGCGUUUCCCACAGCCUUGCAGGGGAGGUUGCCGUAUCCAGUGGGGAGGUAGGCUUUUCCUGGGUUCGCGAUGAAGUUUGCCGAACCCACGGAAGGCCAGAAGCUGUCUUUUCUUCUGGAGAAGGCCGCUUCUAGGGAAGCCGAGCUGUGGAGGAGCUACGUGCCUAAGAAACCUACCAACCAGGAUACAGAUAUCUCCCCUGCCCAGCGUGACGAGGCCGUGCGGUGGCUCCUUGAUGUGCACCGGUGCUUGAAGCUUUAUCCAGAAACUCUCUGUCUGGCCAUCUCCAUACUCGACCGGUUUCUCUCCACCAUUAAGGCUCGUCCCAAGUACCUGCGCUGCAUUGCUAUAACUUGUUUCUUCCUGGCAGCUAAGACAAGUGAAGAGGAUGAGUGUAUCCCUUCCCUUCAAGAGUUGAUCAGCAGCAGUGCUUGUGGAUGUACUCCUUCUGAGGUGUUGAGGAUGGAGAGGAUUAUUCUGGAUAAACUCAGCUGGAACCUGCAUGCAGCCACUCCUCUUGAUUUCCUGCAUAUUUUCCACGCAAUGGUGUUCAGUUGUAAGGCUGUGAGUUCAGGCGUGUUAUUGGGUCUGAAUCGAUCACAGCACCUUGCGCUGCUCACUCAGGAACUGCUGCACUGCCUUUCCCAUAAUGCACUGCUGCAGGAACGUGGCUCCAUGCUGGCUCUCGCUCUUGUCACGCUGCAGCUGGAAAAUCUCUGUCCUGAUUGGCUCGCUCUGGCUGCCGACCUGCUGCGCAAAGUUCAGAUCGACAGCUCCAAGCUGAUCGGCUGCCGAGAGCUAGUGGCACGUUGUCUCUCCACACAUACGGCAUCCCUGCCUCCCAACACUGUGUACGUCUGCCACCCGCUGCAAUCCCCUCAUGACCCUGGUGUGACCUUUCAUGCCAUCCUACCCACUCUGCCACUGCGCAGGAAGCCCUCGGCCAAGCGCAAGGUGGAGCUGAUGGACGUGGACGAAUACUUCGAUGGCAUCAAGCGUCUCUACAACGAGGAGGAGCUAGGAGGAGGGGGUGGGGCUACUUCAGGCUACCAAUCCACCGAAGAUAGUUCCACACCAUGCCCUGCCCUUCAGCCUGUCUCCGUCUCCUAGCAACACGCUUUGGGUUGAAAUGGGGCCAGAGCGCAGUUACGACUGCGUCUUUCCGUCCUUUAGAGCAGAACAGAGCCAAAUAACAUGUGCGCACAUACACACCGAUAAAAUAUGCUUCAGUUGUUUCUUAACCGUUUAUCUGUCAAGACUAAAAACAAGAUCAAAUUUAGAACAUGAAACUAAGAAAAAUUCACAAAAAUCUAAGUUACUACUCCUCAACCCAUUCAUACUGAAAUGUCUGUCAUAUGUCAUGCAUAUGUCUGUGAAAACUUUUAAAUCUAACUUUAUAUGUAUUUAUCUGUGUUUUACCCCUACAUCCAUCUGAGUGCUGUGUCUCUCUCUCAUGUUUUCUUUUUAUUAUUCUUGCCGGAGUGCAUGUCACUCCUGAAUGUUCAAUUUGCUAGAUUUGAUUAAAGCUGUUAUUUUAAAAUGCCAUUGUUGAAAUAAUUAGAAUUAGAUAAAGUUUUGGAAAUUAAUUGAACAUUUUUAUAACUACAUAUUAUUUCUAUUUUUCUCUCUCUCUCUCUCUCUCUCUCUCUCUCUCUCUCUCUCUCUCUCUCUCAUUCACUUUCUCGUUCUUUUUCUGUUUUGGCUGUUUAGCCUUGUUCCUUUUUUCCAUGUCUUAGCCAUGUAGGUGUGUGGUCGAACAGUGAUAAUAUCCCUAUCGCUUCAGUUUAACAGAGCAUUAACGAAGAAUUCAUGUAAGCACACCAUCCAAUGCCUGGCACAAAAGACUGUAGUGUAUGUUUGAAAGAAAAAGAAAAAAAAUCUACCUGUAGGAUCACUUUAACAAAAAAGGUUGAAAAAAAAAUAUACAAAACCUGUUGAAACGGCACAAAAAAAGCUUUAGACUAUUACCAUUCCUUUUUUCCUGAUAAUCUUUUUUUUCCACUGGCUCUGUUCUUCUCUGGAGGGAGGAGGGACGCCCUCACUGCCAAAACAUCACCAGGUUCAAAUAAAUGGAAACUGUCUAUGAAA